AUGAGUAGUAUUAGGCGUGAAGAAUUGAAGAAUAAGUCGAAGGAAAUGUUUUUUCAUGCGUACAAUAAUUAUAUGGAUUUUGCUUAUCCUGCUGAUGAGUUGAUGCCCCUAUCUUGCAAAGGUCGAUACCGUGAUAGGGAGCUUUCUCGCGGGACAGUCGAUGAAGCGCUUGGAAACUUUUCUCUUUCACUAAUCGACAGUUUAGAUACGCUAUUCUUGCUUGGCGAAUUUGAUGAAUUCGAACAUGCUGUGCUUCGGGUAAUUCACGACGUUUCCUUCGACCAGGACGUCGACGUAUCUGUUUUUGAAACUAAUAUACGCGUUUUGGGCGGUCUGCUCGGUGGUCACGUUUCGGUUCUGGCUUUGAAAGAGUAUGACCCCAGCCGCAUAUCGUGGUACAGGGGACAGCUUUUGGACAUGGCUGUUGAUUUAGGAAGUCGUCUUCUACCCGCAUUUAAUACGUCCACAGGUUUACCUUUCCCACGCAUAAAUUUACGUACAGGUAAACCAUCACCACUAGUUCAAACCUGUACGGCCUGUGCAGGAACGCUUAUUUUAGAAUUCGCUGCUCUCAGUCGCUUUUCUGGCGAUCCUGUUUACGAAAUGAUGGCUUCUAAUGCGCUCUCUUAUCUCUGGCAACAACGCAAUCGCUACUCGGAUCUUGUUGGAACUGAAAUCAACGUCAACAGUGGGGAAUGGAUUCGUAGAGAGUCGGGCGUCGGUGCGGGCAUCGAUUCUUACUAUGAGAGUCUGCUCAAGGCUUACGGUCUCCUCGGUGACCCCGUCUAUCUUCACCGCUUCCAGACGCACUACUCCGCCAUAGAGCGCUACAUGGGUGGCCCAGGCACCAAGGCGUUCCCCUUCUCCUUUCUCAGUGUGUUCAUGCACAAGCCUUCGGAGCGCUGCCGCUUCUAUAUGGACGCUCUUCAGGCAUUCUGGCCCGGACUUCAGACAAUCAACGGGGACGUGAGUGCGGCGGUUGCGCAUCACGAGAUGCUCUUCAUGGUGCACAAGGAGCACGGUCUUCUGCCAGAGGCUUUCACCACAGACAUGGACAUUUACUGGCCCUAUUACCUAAUUCGGCCAGAACUUGUAGAGUCUACGUAUCUCCUUUACAAGGGUACCAGCGACCCCUACUACUUAUAUGUGGGGGCCGAACUGUUGGAGAGCAUUGAGCAACACUCCAGGGUGCCCUGUGGUUUCGCAGCUGUUGAGGAUAUCCGAACAAUGGAACAUUCGGAUAGGAUGGACUCCUUUGUACUGGCGGAGACUUUCAAGUACUUUUAUCUCCUGUUCUCGGAGCCCUCGGAUUUGCCGAUUGACUUGGAACAGUACGUGUUGACAACUGAGGCGCACGUUCUCCCCAUCGGCCUACCGAAACAACAUCCACCGGUGAUCGCACAUGCGCGGUUGGUGGAAGAGGCGGUGGUAGCGGUGCCGGGUGCCCUCGGCCGCGCCUGGGGCGGUACUUGCGCGGCACCUAGCAGUUCCAGCACCUUGCGGCGCCUAUUAUGCACUCGUCCGACCACGUGCCGUGUGGGCCCGUGGCAUCAGCAUUACCAUCUCGAGACCAUCCGACAGCCCCUGCGUUCCAUGGCGAAAAGCCUCGUCACUCCCACCUCCUUCAAUGCUAAUAACAUCACCCACCUACAAAUGCUGCGCCAAAUGGGUAUCAUGGUGGUGGUAGGAAAAAAUGGUGAAAUUCAACUUAAACUCAAUCGCAACCAGGCGGAUUCUCCUCUUCUCGGUCUUUCUGGUGUGAAAUUCAUCGAGGAGGUCAUUGACUUAAGUAAUGCCAGAUCACAAGGAAGAUCUCUCGGGGAGGUAGUCAUAUCACAAACAGUCGCCCUUAUCCAUCCACCACACUUCGGCCGAAUACGUUUUGAGGCGGGUCCAUCCAUGUUCACCUUCUAUCCGGGCGAGUCUCCAAAUAUCACCGAUGCCACCGCCUCCCCCACCCUCAUCACCCCAGACAUCGAUUGGCAGCCCGUCAUAGGCCCCCUUGUUAUCGCGGAACCUUUUGAUGCCUGCACGCCAGUCUACUCGGAUGGGCUUCUCCUAGCCAACGAGCAGCUCCACGCCGACUUCGUCGAGCCUUCAUUUUACGAGGAUUCUGAGUUCGAGGGCGCCAGCAAACCAAGGCGUCUGCUGAAGGACGCCAUCGUGCUGGUCAAGCGUGGCGGUUGCAUGUUUCUGGAGAAGGCAAUCAAUGUGAAACAGAUGGGUGCGCGCGGAGUGAUUGUGGUGGACAGUACUCCGGGGACAUCGUCCGCAAAGGAUAAACUCUUUUACAUGUCUGGCGACGCACCGGACGGCACCCCGCCGAGGGAACUAAUGCAACUCCCCUUUGUUUUCGUCUUCCACGAAGAGGGUAGAGCCCUCGUCUCCGCUAUGGGGCGUCGGUGGAAGCUGAAGCGGAAACCAGUCCUUGCGAUGAUAGCCAAAAAGAACGACAUCCCAAAAAUUUUGUCCCAAAGCCUGCAUUACUUGGACAGUAUUUCUCAGCCGAGAACGGAUGGGCACGAGCAGUGUUUUGAACUCUCGGCUCAUGUUGAAACGGUACAGUCCCUGUGCCCUCAGGAAGCAAUUAGAGCAGACGAGACGCAUCAGGAAGGCAAAGACGGGUGGAAUAUAACUCUAGGUCCGGUGGACGAAACGGAAACCUUCGUUUUAUUGAACAAAACUUCUGGACACAUCUCUCCCAGGAAUCCAAGUGCAUGGGCCGAACUCAUAGAUAAGAACUGGCCGACCGCAAACCAUGACGAGUACUGCAAAGAUUUAAUGCUUGCCGUCAGUGAGGCGGCCCUCUCCCAGAUCACCGAGACUGAAGACCCGAGGGGACGAGCCUCCGUGACGAGGCUGAGUCGCCGUUGGUGCUAUCGCGUUGGCAAGUGUCUCCGCGGCAUUUCUACAACAAACGCUGUCAUAGACGAGUGCCACCGACCGUAUCUUCGGCUCAGGUUGACUCUCACACAGGCAAAUUCUUGUUAG